AUGGCGACUCACAGAAUCCAUGGCCUGAACCUCUGCGGAGUUCUCUCCGAAACAAAGCGCAUAAUCGGUGCCCACUCUCGCCAUUUCUUAGCACUCUCUGUACUUUUCCUUCUUCCCCUCUCUUUUUCCGCUGUCAUCUACCCAACUCUUCAAACCGCUUUUUCGGAACCCAAUUCCUCCGUUCUUUCUCACUUUCACCGAUCCUUUUACUUCUUUCUUGAUAAUACGGUUUCAAAUCCGCAAAACCCACAUCUCUUCCUAUUCCCGCUUGUGUACACUGUGUUCGUUUUUGUUUUCUCGCUAUUAGCUACGGCUUCCGUCACUUACAGUGCUUUCCACGGGUUUUACGGUAGACCCGUUAAAUUGGUUUCAUCGCUGAAAUCAGUUUUGUAUUCGGUGCUACCCCUUUUUGUUACUUUUGUUGUUAUUGAUGUAAUUGUGGGUUUGAUUGUAUUGGGUUUUGGGGUCUUUGUGGGUUUGGUGUAUAAAGGGGUAAAGAUUUUGGGGUUUGAAAUUGACUACGAGUCGAAUUACUUUCUGGGGUUUGCUGUUUUUGUCAUGGUUUUGCUUGUGUCCGGUUUGAUUUACUUGACGGUGGAGUGGUCAUUGGCUUAUGUGGUUGUGGUGGUGGAAUCGAAAUGGGGGUUUACACCGUUGAAAAGGAGUGCACGUUUAAUAAAGGGAAUGAGAUGGGUCGCUCUAGCAAUGAUGAUGUUGUUUGGGAUCUUGAUAGGGCUUUUUGCAAUGGCUGCCUCGUCUUUGGUUCUGAAUGCUGAAUCAGUUCAAGGAGGGUGGCUUAGCUGGGCUUUUGUAUUGCAGACAGUGGUGUACUCAGGUUUUAUGACUAUAUUGAUGCUUUACAGUGUUGCUGCACAUACUGUGCUGUAUAUGUACUGUAAGGCCUUGCACGGGGAAUUGGCAUUUGAUAUUGCUGCGGAGUUUGCUCGCGAAUACGUCAGCUUGCCUUUCGAUGAUGGGAAGGUUCCUCAUGUUGUCUAUGUUGUACCCAAUUGA